AUGGCUAUGGAAAUUGGCAUUGUUGACUACGUCGCCGGAUCCCCCGACCUCUUCAACGUUCAGUUCCAAGGAGACUGUAUCAGAACCAUGGUCACCCAUGAACCCCGAAGGGUCGUCGACUGGAUCACCGAGGUGGAGCCAUCCAUCGCCACCCUCUGCGUGGGGCGGCGCUGCCUUGUCUUCCAAGUCCUCCACUGCAGCCGCAUCCCGGAAAAGCUCGUAAGCUUCCUGGCGAACCCCGGCUACACCUUCGUCGGGGCCGCGAUCGACGGCGACGUGGAGUUGCUGGCGAAAGACUACAAUUUAUGGGUGAGGAAUGCCGUGGAUUUGCGUGGGCUAGCUGUGCGGCGGUCCAACGAUUCGUCUCUGAAGAAUGUGGGGCUGAAGGAUCUGGUGAGGAUUUACCUGGGGGCGCAGAUGGAGAAACCCAAACGGGUGAGGAUGGGGAAGUGGGAUCAAGAGUUGCUAAGUACAGAGCAGAUUCAGUAUGCAUGCAUUGAUGCUUUCGUGUGCUUUGAAAUUGGCAGGAUUUUGAAUGCUUCUUCUGCCUAUUAG